AUGCCUGACUUGUCUGUCGACGCUGCUUCCGGCAGCGGCCUCUCACGGCAGGACGCGACUUGCUUUCGAGUGAAGUUUGGGAACACCCCCAAUGCUGCUCUCGGCACAAGUCGGGACACGCCUAGCAUGGCAGGCCUGGUGUGCCUUUCUCCGUCGUCGUGUUUGGAUGCAACUGAAGUGACACCGACGGAGAUGGAGUUUAACGCGAAGGUGUCGCUGGUGAAUGCGCUUUCAGUAGCCUACAAGUCAAGUGGAUACCCAACGGUGGCCAGCACCAACUCUCCCCAUAUGAGCAUCUAUGGGGCCUUUGUGGAGCUGCGGAAUCCCUCGCUGUACAGUCUCACGUUGCCUCCAGAUGAGACCCUUGUCGUUGACCUACCCACUCCGCGGAGCCGUAACAACGCAAUGAACGCCUCUGCAGCCAUCCCGUCCUGUGCCUCUAUUGGCAUCAGCGACGCGUGUCGUCCACUCUUGCGUGUGAAGUGGAAGCGUAGCUCCCAUCUCUUUCACGCACAUGCCGCGACGACAACGGCGACAGCGGCGACAGCGGCAUCGAGUCUUUCACCGAACUUGUUCUCUCUGCCUAGUCCAAAGACGCUGCCUUGCUCUCUUCCCCCUAGAGGAAUUCCAGCAGCUUCUUUGAAGCAUCUUCAACAAUUUCCUGACGGAAUCCACGACGUGCAGACCUCAUCGCGAAUGAGUGAAUUACUGUUAGGUUCUCCGCAAACCGUUUUAACAGCCUCCUCUGCAUCCCGCGCGAAGAGCGUCCCUGCUGGUGUUGCCCCAAGUACCACCGGCACAAAUCCACAAGAUGAAGAACAAAAGACGGCAAUCAACACUCUGGUGGAGCCUUCGCCUCCGUCCUCACCUCUUGAGGACCCUCCCGUGGAGGGUACCCCGGUACAGCUGACGCUAGUCACAGCCAGCAGCUUUAAUCAACUCACUACAUACGCCGUCAGACACCAAGGAGGAAAUUUGCUAGAGGUGGUUCCGUUACAGACGCUUGUGGCCUCAUUAACGCCACGGAGGAUCACUGCUCAUUGCCCAUUUCUUCUUUGUACAACUGUGGGUGAGACGUACAUGGACAUGGAGCCUGGAUUCCCCACCGACAGGGAGCAGGAGACAUUGCGCAAAGGCGGGCAAAAGCAAUCAAAUAGGAGCUUUACCUUUUACAAGCCUGCAAUUCCCAUGAGACAGGGGGCAAAAAAGGGAGUAGGGCUGUCGUUUGAGCGAGGUCAAGCAGAGCGGGCAAUGAAGAAAGAGAUGAAUGCCGCGAUGGGUGUCACAACGCAGUGUAUUGCGGUAGAGCCGUUUAUACUGAUUGGCAACCAAGGUGGGGAUUUGCUUCUCUUUAGCAUGCUUGAGGGAAAAGUUGUGCAGCGUCUUAAUUUCUCAGGCGGGGUGAGUGGUGGAGACAGCGGGGAUUCCGCACGUGUGACGCCCAAGCAGGUGGUAAGUGGUCUAGUCACAUGCAUCACGGAAGUGGAGUGUGGUCUGGAAAAAUGCUUGGACCUAACAAUUGAGCGUGCGGGGUUGAGUAGGAAGCGGAGUAGUUUGACGGCUCCAUUUGCGAGUAAAGAGGGAUGCGGAUGCCUAGCUUCUGUGUUUGCAGUGGGGUUUAUCAGUGGACACGUGCUGCUAGUGUGUGUCACACUGGAGGGGGCCUGGCUAAGCAAACUUAUCUCUUUAUUUGGACAGAGACCUGUGCAGGCAAUGGCUAUGCAGGUGCCACACUUUCUUAAGCGACUAUGGCUUGAAGAUACAGCGGCACCUUCAUCCGUUUGGGCAUCACCACCGGCGCGACAGAAGGGCUCUUUCCCUGCGAGUGUGACGUGUGUGGCUGCGGAGACUCUUCUCGUGGAUGAGGAUAGCGGCAUGGUGGCGGUCUCCUGUGACGGUGGAAUACUGCGCCUCGUCAAGGCACUGGACAUGGAAUCUGAGGUGGGCCACAUCACUGCACUUGAAAAUCACUCCGUUGGAUGCUUUUUGGCGGUGCAGUGGGUCCCCAGUCACGCCGACGCCGCCCUCCACCCAGACCUCCUUGUCGUCACAAACGAGGAUGACUCCAUCACGGUGUACCAUCUCUCACACAUCAGCGGAGGGAACAAAACAAGUAGCAGCCUACCAACCCGGGCUUCAAAUCCGUUUUUAAUGGAGGACACAGAGGCACAGUCGCCUCUUCUGCAGCCACAAUCCUUUUCCGCACCUUCUCGGGCUGUGAGGGAUGGGGUUGUACUUGUUGCGCGGCGAUGUUUCCAUCGUUCGUGGGUGAACGACCUCUGCGCCCUACCACUUCCGGAAAGAGGUCACCUACUGGUUGCCACCUCGUAUGACGGCUGCAGCUCCUUUUGGCCUCUCUGCUGUGCUGGUGCAGCUCCUUCUGCUGAAGGCCUCGCCCCCACCCCGCUUCUUGGACUUGAACCAUUUAUUCAGGAGCGUUUUUCUGGAUGCGUUUCUCAGGACGCAAGUGGUGUGUGUGCUCCCUUGCAGCGGUCAGACGAUUUCAUCUCGGAUGAGCCAUCCUAUGCUGUGAUGCUGCACUCGGGCCAAACCAUUCGCUGCAUCGCCUGCGGAGCUGGUCGCAAUGAAUUCCUUGUUUCUUUGUGUCUUCGCGGACGAGUGAGGUUCUGGGAGGUGAAAAGGGUUUUGAAUCAGGUGUAA